UAAUCUAUGAUGACCACAACACAUGUUUUUGUUGGAUAUUUGUUAUACAUCAAAGAGAUUAAUAAUAAAAUCGAAUAAAUCAUUUAUUAUUUACAUAAUUAGUGGAAAUAAGGAAGAUGCAGGAAAAAAAUAAAGAGCGUGAAAGUCUCGGAGAAAAAAUUGCGGAAAUUUUAACUCCAGUACCCACAAUUUUUGAUCCUGAAGAUGACGUAAACGAAGAAACCGUUGCAAAGGUAGUAGAAAACGUUUUUGAAGAUGAAGAUAAAAAUGAAAAUAUCGGUGAAAAACUGGGCAAAAUUAGACAGAGUUUCAACUUUCUAGAAGAUGUUGAUAAACGUUACACAGGAACUAAAAGUAGUAGAAAGAACAUUGAAAAUGAAUCUAGUUUUAGUGGUUCAGAGGAUUUAAAUGAUGACAAUAAAGAAAUAAGUGAGGAAAGCUUUGAAGAACAAACUUCAAUUGAUGAAGACAGUGAAGAAGAAGACCAAGAUUCUGAAACUGAAGACAACAAAAGUGAAGUAUCUGAAGAUGAAAGUAAAAGUAACUUUAAGCAUAUUAAUGAUAUUAAUAUGAAAACUCAAGUUUCAAAAGGAACAAGUGUUUGUAAUCAAUUAAACAUCUGGGAAAGUUUAAUGGAGUUAAGAAUUCAAAUGCAAAAAUGUUUGAUAGCAUCAAACAAGAUGCCUCAGAAAGAUCAUUUUGAAGAAAUCAAACAGCAAAGUGGAUCUGACUUUGCAAAUAAAGUUUCAGAUACAAAAAAUACAAUAAUUAAAACAUUANAUGAUAAAUAA